AUGAACAUCUGCGGCUCGCCCAUUCGUUACGAACCAUUUCCCUUGUCUUCCAAAUUAACUGGAGUACGGUUAAUGCCCAAUCGCCAGCUUCGUAUAAUGCAGACUAUUACACCCGAGCUUCAAGCUGCAAAUGGCUCGAACCCAGUCACUGCCUUUUAUUUCGCACAGCAAGCACCACUGAUACUUCGAAGUAACUCUCGAGGGGAGACCAUCUCUCACUCAUCUGAACACGGUGGGAAGGAUCCUGAGAAUUACAGUGUAAUAGAACAACUGCUAUUUUCAUGCUUACGAGCUGGGGACGACAAAUCUGCAUUACUUUGUACUGAGCAAUUAGGGGCUCGGUUCGGUGCCACUGAUGACAAAGUAACCGGACUGAGAGGGCUGUAUGAAGAGGCAACUGCGGACAAUCAAUCUACUCUUGAAAAAUGCUUGCAGGAAUACGACCUCGUGCUUUCUGAAAAUCCCAUGAACCUGCCUAUACAAAAGCGUCGAAUUGCGCUCUUACGUUCGCUUUCCAGGCCAACGGACGCUAUAUCCAGUUUAAUCAACCUUCUAGACGCUGUUCCAACAGAUGCCGAGGCUUGGUGUGAACUUGCAGAUUUAUAUCAUUCCCAGGGAAUGAGCUCACAGGCGGCUUUCUGCCUCGAGGAGGCGCUCUUAAUCGUGCCCAACGCUUGGAAUAUUCAUGCUUUUCUCGGUGAACUCUUGUAUUCUGGCGCGAUUUCCUCGGACACAGGGGACUGUUUCCAGCUUUUGGAGGGUUCCAUACACCGUUUCUGUCGAAGCAUAGAGCUCUGCACCGAUUAUCUGAGAGGCUUCUACGGAUUAGUCCUGGCUACAUCGCUCCUUGGAAGGAAACAACGUUUAGAUAACCAUUCUCAAGACCAAUCAUCGGCACAAACGAGAAGCUCGCUAACAAGCGAGGUCCUUGAUGAGCUGACCAAUUUCGCCAGGAAAAGGCUCGAUGAGAUUGUGAAAAGUCGAACUUCAAAACUUCACAUUUGGAAGGGCAAUCAGAGCGAGCUUAUUGCGGCGAAGGAGCUCCUCGAUCGACCGGGCAAUUUGAAUGUAUAGGUGUUGAUGUUUUCCUCCGUCCUCCCACCUGAGCAGGAAAAUGUAAGGACAAAGAAGACGUGGUAAUACAAUAAUCUGACUUGAUAAAUAACACUGGCAUGGGCUACUUAACACCCACAUAACAUAAUAAGGUUGAGUAGGACACUGCAAUUUGAUCUUCUAAUGCAAAC